CUAAUACAGGCGGUAAGCAAAAGUACUGUUUAAUGAGUGCGCCUGACUUUUCGGUGUAUUGGUUGCCAGUACCAGUUCCAAUACUAGGGAUGGAGGUUGUAGAUACUUGUUCAAAAUGGAAUAGCGUCAUUGUGGGUGAUGCCGAACAUUGGUUUAUCAAGAUUGAUCAGUUCUGCGUAGACUGGGCUACCGAUCCAAUGGCUACCCGAGACUGCAGAGUCAAUACCAUAGACCAACGCUGGUCACUACCUCCUGUGCCUUUGCCCUCUCCCAGUAGUUCCCCAUCUGGGCCACCAAUCAACGGAGUGGCUAGCAACUCACCCACACCUUCGCCAUUUGACGUCGUGGCACCGUCAAGGACACCGGGGACACAGCCCACAGCCACGGGAUACGUGAUUGUGAAUCAGGAGUCUCAAACCUGCAUCGCUCGUGGGAAAAAGCGUAUGAUAGGAGUAUUUGUGUUCUGA